AUGGCACCCAAGAAAGAGAAAGGCGGGACAGUGAGCACCGGCUCUAAGAUAUGGGAACCGUCGCUAAUAGCUGCGCACUUCAAUCAGAACGAUUGGAAAGGCUCCAUCGCUUUCGUGGUUGGGAACCAGACCGAGGAUGAGCUUCUCAUCCAAGCCCUCACGCUCGCUGUGCAGGCCCCUCAACGCAAACUUUUCAGCAUCGUAUUGUGGCAAGAUAUCCUCCAGCAGAUCAACGAAGUGUAUACACUUGUCGGAAAUGCUCCAUCUAAAAAGGGGAAAAGACCUACAGGCGGUAGCGCUCCUUUAUUCUACGAGGUGUUAAUGACAGCAAAAACAAUUCUGGAUACUGGAGAGAAACUGUCCUUACCACUGAUAGGAAAACUCUUAAAAUUUCAACUUCUGCAGAUAAAAAUUAGGGACCAAAUGCGACGAGACAGCGAAAAGAAGAUAACAGAAGAUAAGCUUAAGCUGGAAAAGGACAAAGGAAAAGCAAAAUCUUCCAAGGAGAAGAAGAACGCAGCUGCCAAGGUUGCUAAGGGGAAGGGCAAGGAUCAGCCCGAGGCCAGCACAGUUGUGAAAAAGACCACCCAGCUGAAGCAGAGAGGAGAAGAAGAUGAGACCAAAAACUACAUCGACGAUGAGCCAGAUGAUGGUGCCCAACAUUACUUUAUAGUCGCAGGCUUCAACAAUCCUCAGCUAUUAGCGAUUAUGACUGAGCUCGGCGUUCCCAUAUCCAGCGUGAUUAAAAUAUCUUCAGAGAAUUAUGAACCUCUGCAGACGCACCUGGCAGCAGUUAGCCAGCAGCAGGAAGUUUUUCUUCAGCCAGAAGACAUAGAAGCCGAAAUACUGAAGAAAGAGAAUAACAUAAAAGAACUUGAGACUUUCUGGAAGUACUUGGAACCAAUCCUGAAUAAUGAGAAACCUGAAACAAAUCUCUUUGAUGUGGCUCGACUUGAAUACACGGUCAAGGCAGCUAGCUUCCCUUCUGACUGGUCAGACAACGAGAUGAUGCUGGAAUUGGGCACCGAAAUUUUUGAAAACAUUGCAUGCUUGAUGUAUGACACCCUGGAUUGGAAAAGGCAACACCAGCACUAUCUGGAAAGCAUGCAGCUUAUUAACAUCCCACAAGUGGUUAAUGAGAAAUCUAUCUUAGAGGCCAUACCGAUUCCUGAGGCUGUACAAUCUGUUGCUCCAGCCCCUGGAAAGAAGAAGACACAGUCUGAAGAACCUCAAGCACCAAGUCAAGUGCCUCUUGUCAUCACGACGGAAGUGGACAUGAGAUAUUACAAUGAUUUGCUGAAUCAAAUUCCAGAAGAAUUCAUUUCUGUACCCCUGAUACUGCACUGUAUGCUAGAACAGGUUGUGGCAACUGAAAAAGAUCUUAAGCCUCCAAGUCUGGUGGAGCCACCCCCCAGAGAAGACGGAUUAGACCACAGGAUUGCAACUCACAUUGUAUCCAUCCUGCCCUCUCUGUGCCUCUCUGAGAGGGAGAAAAACAAUCUCCAUGAAAUAUUUUUACCUGGAAAGGAGAAUGAGAGCAAAGCAGUGUCCCAGGGUCCUCUCCUGUUGAACUACCAUGAUGUCCACGCCCACAGGAAGUACACACUGAAGGACCAAAAGAAUUUUGACCCAGUUCAAAUUGAGCAGGAGAUGCAGUCCAAGUUACCACUGUGGGAAUUCCUUCAGUUCCCUCUGCCCCCACCCUGGAACAACACAAAACGUCUAGCUACCAUUCAUGAGCUUAUGCACUUUUGUACAAAUGAAGUCUUGAGUUGGACCGAAGUCGAACGUGCCUUCAAGGUAUUCACUUUCGAGAGCCUGAAGCUCUCUGAGGUUGAUGAGACAGGGAAACUAAAACCUUGGAUGAUGUGUGGGACAGAGCCUGGGAUCAAUAUCCCAUGGGACAACCCUGCCAGGUUUGCGAAACAGAUAAGGCAGCAGCACGUCAUGAGAAUGAACGCUCAAGAGGCCCCAAAACAAAAAGAUAUUGAAACCAAAGACAGGAUCAUAUUUGUGGAUCAGAAUUUGUCGAUGUACAUGCAAAAUGAUGAGACUAGAGACCCUACUGACCUUACUCAACCUGAUGAUGAUGGUAUGAAAUUUUAUAACUCCAAUAACAAGAAAUCCUUGGACCCUGAAAAUAGAGAGCUAUCAGAUCAAGAGGCCAGCCUGAAGUCUCCACCUCAACCUGAACCUGUAGAGCAGACCAUGAACAAUGAGAUCAAAGAUGAACCAGUCACAACAGCUGAUUCUCUUGAAAAGAAACCCAAGAAGAUGAUGGUGGAAGCAGAUUUAGAGGACAUAAGGAAAACACAGCAGCGCAGCCUCAUGGACUGGAGUUUCACUGAACAUUUUAAACCGGAAGUACUGCUCCAGGUUCUUCAAGAAGCCCAUCAGCAUUAUAGAUGCAUUGAUUCUUACUACCACACCCAAGACAACUCUUUACUUUUAGUCUUUCACAAUCCGAUGAAUGCACAACGUCUGCAUUAUGAAUAUUGGAACGUUAUUCUUCAUUCCAAUGUUGGAUUCAGGAAUUACUUGGAACUUAUUGCAAAUUCCAUUCAAGAGUGGGUCACAAAAGAAGAAGCUAUAUACCAGGAACUGAAAAUGGCUGAGGAAAUUGCUAAGUCCAAGGCUGAAGUAGAAAUGAAAAGUUCUACCACUAACAAAAUUGCCACUCUCCCCAGUAAAAUUUUUGGUCUUAAAAAAUCUAAAAGUAAUAAAGGAAUCAGCAAGAUAGAAAUAUCAGAUCAAGAAAAAGAAAAGGAGAAAGAGAAGGAGAAGGAGAAGAAUCCCUUCAUUUUAGAAGGCUCUCUUAAGGCAUGGAAAGAAGAACAAGAGCGAUUAGCAGAAGAAGAGCGGAUAAAAGAAGAAAAGAAAGCAGAAAAGAAGAAUAAAGACGUUGGUAAAAAGCAAGGCAAGGAUAAAGUAGACAAAGAAGACAGUAGGGCUUUGAAGAAAAAAUCUUCUUUCAAGGAUAAGAUCAAAGAUGUCCCAGAAAUGGUACAGGAACCCCUCCAGCAGCCAGAGCCUGAGAAGACAUACCCGUUUCACGGAUACAAUAUGGGAGAAGUGCCUGUGCAAAUCUCAGGGACUAAUUACUAUCUGUAUCCUUCUGAUGGAGGGCAGAUUGAAGUAGAGAAGACAGCAUUUGUAAAAGGUUCGACAUUUGUCACAGUGAAAGUGAUAAAGGACAAGCAUCAUUUUAUAAUUCAUUUGAAAGACCCUAGGGAAAUCGUGAAAAGGGAAAAGGAAGGAAAGCAGUAUGUCUCAGAAGAGAGUGAGGAAGAGGAGGAGGAGGAAGAAGAGGAACAAAAUCUUAAAACAAAAGUUUUACCUGCCGAAAAUAAGCCCAUCAGCAAAUUUGGAUCUUUUUCUGCCACAUUAGAAAAUGGAAUCUGCCUCUCAAUAAGUUACUAUGGACCCAGUGGAAUGGCACCAGAGGAUAAGGAUCCUGAUUUGGAAGCAAUGUUGAAUAUCCCUUCAAUACACAUUCCAACAACAAUACCUGUUGCCGUGACUGCUCCUCAAAGCAAAGCAAAAGGGAAAGUAAAAGGCAAAGAAAAACCCAAAGAUUCUCUUAAAGAGGAGGAACACCCAAGAGAAGAGGAUAAAAAGGAAGAAGUAGACCAAGAGUCCAUUUUACCAGAGAAUACGUAUGUUCCCACCUUUCAAAACCUAAAUGUGUCUUGCCCCAAUGGACUUCUGUUGACCUUCAUAGGUCAAGAGUGUCCAGGUCGAUAUGCUGUGGACGAGGAGCCCACCUGGGAAAUCAUGGUCCGUCAGAGCUAUCCCCAGAGGGUGAAGCACCAUGAGUUCUAUAAGACAACGAUGCUACCCAUGGUGCAGGAGGCAUCAAGGGUUAUCACCUGUCAAGGCACUGUUAUCAAAUACAUGUUGGAUGGAUCCACACAGAUUCUCUUUGCAGAUGGUGCUGUGAGCAGCAGUCCCAAUUCUGGUCCUGUUCGUCCUCCUCCUGAAACGUCACCAAGUCCUCAUGAUGGAGAUCUAAUUGACUCGGCAUCUCAACCAAAAUCAGAAACAGCACCUUCUGAGAUUGCCAUCACAAAGAAAGGAAAAGGUCAUAAAAAUCAAUCAGUAGGACAUAAGAAUGAAAUCCACGAACCACCCCCAGAGAUCGUCCAAAUAGUAACUCCUGUGGAAGCUCCCAUAGGCACCUGGUUCACCACCACACCCAGUGGAAAUCGGAUUGGCACCAAGGGAUUAGAACAAAUACCAGACUUGGCCCCAUUUUUGUCUUUUCAAGUCACGGAUCCUGUCAAUGGAAUGGUUAUGACAACCCGAGAAGACAAAGUGGUGAUUGUUGAAAAGAAAGAUGGGACCCGGAUAGUGGAUCAUGCUGAUGGUACCAGAAUCACAACCUUUUACCAAGUUUAUGAAGAUCAUAUAAUUCCUCCAGAUGAUCAAGAAACAAGAGAAGGACCUCACGUGGUCACCAGGCAGGUGAAGUGCAUGCGGAUCGAAAGCUCACACUAUGCCACAGUUAUCACCAACUGUGAGGACAGCAGCUGCUGCACCACCUUUGGGGACGGAACGUCUAUUAUUGCAAAGCCACAGGGAACAUACCAGGUGCUACCUACAAAUGCAGGCUGUCUUUAUAUUGACAGGGACUGUUCAGCUACGUAUUGUCAUGAGGCCAGCCACGAUAUAUACUAUCCUUUCCAAACACGCCAACAGCUGCGAGCCAGCAGGUACAUCAUGAAACACACAUCGGAAGUUAUCUGUGAGGUCGUGGACCCAGAGGGGAACAUGUUUCAGGUCAUGGCUGAUGGUACCACAUCAACAAGGUUACCUGACAAAAAAACAGAAGAUGACUUAAAUGUGACAACUGAGGGCUAUGAGAGUUUAUCAUCUGCCCACCUCCAGAAGAAUUAUCUGCAAAUCUAUGGUGAACAUGUUCCCAGGUUUUUUGUUAUCUAUGCGGAUGGCUCAGGGAUGGAACUUCUUCGUGACUGUGACAUAGAGGAAUAUUUGUCUGUGGCCUAUGGAGAUUCAAACGCAGUGGUUCUCCAGGAGCCAGUCCAGGAGCAGCCAGGUGCCCUGAGCAUCACAGUCCUUCGCCCUUUCCACGAAGCAUCACCUUGGCUGAUGAAGAAGGAGUUAGACACGAUUGUUCCUUCUAGUCUCCAGUCAAGGUCUUGGGAGAAAUUUCCUCCAGUUGAGAAAAAAACUCCAGGACCUCCAUUUGGUACUCAGAUUUGGAAGGGACUUAACAUUGGAGGCAAACAGCUAAUGAGUGUCCCAGCCCCUAUACUCGAAGGACCCAAUGUGCUGCAAGUGCGUCAGUUCACCCAGCAUGAGAUAAUAACCAACGAAGUGAAACUGGGGCUGCAGAUUUCCCUUAAGGAUUACAUAAACCACAUCCUAAAAAAAGAAGAUGAGCUGCAGGAAAUGACGGUUAAAGAUUCCAGACUGGAAGAGGAACGAGGCAACGCUGCAGAUCUCCUCAAGCUAGUUAUGUCUUUCCCUAAAAUGGAGGAAACUACAAAAAGUCAUGCUUCGGAAGUUGCAGCGCACCUAACUGAUUUGUUCAGACAGUCUACAAGCACCACGCCAAAAAUUUCACCAGACACAUUUCAAAGAGAUUUCCUUGAAAAGAAGUGGAGGUACACGGACGUAUCAAAGCGCUGGAAAGAAAAGCUAGAACAAAAGAGGCAAGAAAUUGAGAAAACACAGAAUUAUCUAGUAAAACUUAAGGACCGAAUCAUACCACCCUAUUUCAAAUCUGAAUUGAGCCAGUAUUAUCAGUCUCGGUGUGAUUAUCUGGAUAGUCUUUCCAGAAAACUGCCUCCUUUUGUAAAUAAAUAUGGAGAUACAAACAUCACAGAUAUUCAAGAUACCACAGAACUUCUCCCAGAUUCUAGUUCCCACCUAUAUUCAGAAGAAGACUCCUCAAAUAUGCCUGCUAUGCCAAAGCUGGAGAUUUCCGUGGAUACCAAGGAGGCUGUUGACGAGAACCAAACAGAAAAUUUACCAAAAUCUGCCGAAGAACAAGAACUGUAUGCGCCUGUGAAGGUCCCGAUCCAGUCGUUGCUGCAGGAUGUUGCGGGCAGAGCCAGGAAAGAAAAAGUGAGGUUACCUCAUUACUUGCAGAGUUCCAAGCCCAAGUCUCAGCCUCUGGAAAAGGUGCAAGAUUCUGUUGGAGGAAAAGUGAAUACGUCCUCUGUGGCGGCAGCUGCCAUAAAUAACGCAAAGUCGUCGCCUUUUGGAUUCCAUCUUCUCCCAUCAUCCGUGAAGUUCGGAGUGCUUAGAGAAGGAGACACCUAUGCAACCAUUGUUAAGCUCAAGAACAUCGGCGUGGACUUCUGCAGAUUUAGAGUGAAGCAGCCCCCACCCAGCACGGGCCUGAAAGUGACUUACAAACCUGGGCCUGUGGCAGCUGGUUUGCAUGCAGAACUGAAGGUGGAGUUAUUUGCCAUGGUUGCUGGAGAGGAUGGUGCCAAGGGAUCAACACGCAUCUCUCACAAUAUUGAGAUCAUGACUGAGCAUGACAUUCUGUUCUUACCUGUGGAGGCAACAGUAUUAACAAGCAGCAAUUACGAUAAGCGACCAAAAGAUUUUCCCCAGGGGAAAGAAAAUCCCAUGGUUCACAGGACGUCCACAGUUUCUUCUACAUUUGGAGUCUUAAUAUCUCGUAAAGCUUCUGCACAUUAGGUCCAUUUCCUCCCGGUACAACUCAAUAGCCUCCAUGAUCCUCUCAGCCUACGAGAUAAUGAUAAAGAAAUCAUCACAACACACUCCGUCAUCCCAGGACUCUGAAAGCAGAAGGCCUGACUACGAAUUCACUCGGCAAAAUAGCAUGAAUCAGUAGAAUAAAGACGUGCCAAACA